AUCCAUAAGAAAACAACUCGCAGGGAGUCCGGCUCUGAGCUGCGCACACAUUAAAGGCAAGUUUGCGCUCCCCACUGAACAGCGCGGCGGACGGACGCAUCUGGCCGUCAUGGCCCGUGGCGGAUCGGGCGGCGGACACUUCGACGAGUGCGUCCUCAGCGUUCGGGCAGAGUGUGGAAGGGGAGAAGUGGGCUCCGCUGUCGCCCUGCCGCCGCUUUCCUCGGUCCUCAUGCGCCGCAGACGGUGUUGAGUUAAAGCGGAGGAGCUCGGGAGCUGGAACACACACACAUACAAAAACACACACACAAAAAAAAUAGAAAGAAUAAGGAGAAGUGGUGGACAGCGGUGCGGACGGACGCGCAGACACAGCCGCGAGGGGACCCAUGCAGGGAAAUAUGCUGGACCGCAGACUCGCCGGGUUCACGCUGCUGAUCGGAAACGACUCGCUCCGGCUUUACCGAGCGGACCUUUACGCACGGGCGUCCAGCGGGACCGCAUGAAGGACGGGGGCGCAGAGGAAGGGGAAAAGUUGAACGCUGUAACGCGGUUUGUAAUGGAUAAAGGCUCGCCAAAGGUCUGUGGAUCCAAAUGUCACCCCCCUUGGACUCUGCCCCAGUCGGGGACCAGCAGUGUGUGACGGACAGGCGAGCGGAGCCUGUGGUGGCUCUCUACUGCGUGGCUUCAAAUUGGCCCUGGCUGAGCUCUGCAUGGAGCAACGAGUGAAGAGUCCUGCUAUGGUCUGACGUCUCAGCAUGGAUGGAGUCAGUCAGAGGACCGGCCACCACUAAUGAGACCAUCGCUCCUCAGCUUAGGACUAGCAUUUACAGGAUUACUCCCACGGUUUCCUGCUCAUUUGCCAGCUAACUGCAUCAUUACCAAACUCUCCUAGGUGGACCUUUCGUGGGUCUGCUUUUUGGUGGAUAUAUACAUCAUUGCCUUUCUGAUUUUCAUAUUUGUUUUAUUCCCUCCCAGUUCUUUUUUUAUUUUUGGUUUCCUUUUUCCUGUUUUGUUUUUCCACUAUGGAGUUUCUUGCUGGACCCUGGAUUAAAGAUUGGGCUUCAUUCUUGCAAUUUUGGUUGACUGUCAUCCUAAGCCUCCAAAUGCAAUUCAGCUUGGCUGCCUCUUGCCCGGAGGAGUGUCGUUGUGACAACCAGUUUGUGUACUGCAAUGAACGCAGCCUGACAUCAGUGCCUCUGGGGAUACAGGAGGGCUUCAAGGUCCUCUUCCUACAUAACAACCAGAUAAACAAUGCUGGCUUCCCUUUGGAACUUCACAAUCUGGCUUCCGUGGAGACUGUGUAUCUCUACGGCAACCAGCUGGACGAGUUCCCCGUCAAUCUGCCCAAAAACACCAGGGUCCUGCAUCUCCAGGAGAACAAUAUUCAAACGAUCUCCAAGGCAGCCCUGGCCCAGUUGACUCGACUAGAGGAGCUGCACCUUGAUGAUAACUCCAUCUCCACAGUAGGGGUGGAGGAAGGGGCCUUUAGGGAGGCAGUAAGCCUCAAACUCCUCUUCCUUACCAAGAACCACUUAAGCAGCGUUCCCAUUGGCCUUCCAGAGGACCUUAAAGAGUUGCGGUUGGAUGAGAACCGCAUUGCUGUCAUUGCAGAGGAGGCCUUUCAGAAUGUGACACGCCUGCAGCGCCUCCUGCUGGACGGGAACCUGCUGACGGAUGAGGGCAUUGCACCAGGGACCUUCCAGGAUCUGGUCAACCUCCGUGAGCUGGCCCUGGCCCGCAAUUCACUCACCUUCCCCCCUCCCCUGCUACCCAGCCAGUCACUGGUCAAGCUCAGCCUGCAGGAAAACCAGAUUGACCAGAUCCCUGUGGCAGCCUUCGCUGCCCUAAAUAGGUUGGAAAAACUGGAUGUCUCCACCAACCAGCUUCAGACUCUUACACAGGGUGUGUUUGAUGGCCUGUCGAGCCUAAGGCAUCUCAUGGUGCGAAAUAACCCCUGGCGUUGUGACUGUGCUGUGAAAUGGGUGGUGGUGUGGCUCAAGUCUUUGCCGUCCGCCAUCAAUGCCCGAGGGUUCGUGUGCCUGAGUCCAGACAGGGUGCGUGGCAUGGCAAUCAGAGAACUCACACUGGAUAUUAUAGAGUGCCCAGUUGAUGCUGACCUGCCGCCCUGGCCAACCCUCCGCUCCACACCCCCUCCCCCACCCACAACCAUCCCUAUCACCACCAUGAUCUCCACCCUCAUCACCACAUCCAUCCCUUACUACUUUGACUCACCCUCCCCUCCCUUACCCCCAGUCCAUAACAACCCUCCUGGUCCCCUGCCUCCUUAUGAGGACCCCCUUCAGAUCUCCUUCCAUGUGGUCAACUCCACCAACAUUGAGGUGAGCUGGGCUUCUUAUUUCACCGUCACAGCCUACAAGGUCACUUGGGUCAAAAGGGGCCAAAGCCAAAUAAACGAAGGAAUGCGGGAGAGGACGGUGAGCGGAGACCGGCGGCAUAUUAGCCUCACCAACCUGGAUCCCCGGUCUGUGUAUCGGAUCUGCGUGCACGUGCUGGACACCCUUAAUUCCUACAGGCCCGGAGAGGAUACUAUAUGCUCUGAGGCCAGGACCAAGCCUGCCACGUCUACUAAGCCUCCUGGUAGAGAGCAAGCUCCCCAGGAGAGCAUCAACUCCACACUGCUAAUGGCUGGGAUCAUAGGUGGGGCAGUGCUCAUCAUCCUGGUAACGCUGCUCAGCCUGUUCUGCUGGCACAUGCACAGGAAGAGCCGGUCAUCUUCGACCAAGUGGAAAUACAACCGGGGCAGGAGAAAAGACGACUACUGCGAGGCUGGAACCAAGAAGGAUAACUCCAUUCUGGAGAUGACUGAGACCAGUUUCCAGAUAGUGGCGCUGAACAAUGAGCAGCUGCUCAAGGGAGAUUUCCGCAUUCAGCCCAUCUACACGCCCAACGGGGGCAUUGGAUUUAGAGACUGUCACCUCAGUAACAACAGCAUAGCCUACUGCAAGAGCAGCAACGUGCCCAGUACAGAGUUCUGCCACACGUGAUGCAGCAGCAAAUAGUACAGAGGCAUUCACACAUGCACACACACACACACACACACACACACACACUCAACAAAAACACUUAACAAUACAUGCAUUAGUACACAGACAUACAUCAUUUGUGUAGACAACAAAAAACAUAAAACUUCUAGUCAAAUAUAACUGUACUAUAUAUAUUUCCAAGUUCUGUCUACGAUGUAAUUUAUACUGUGGAUAAUAAUGUGGGAUUCUCUGCUAUCUUUUUUAUUCUUAGAAAAGAGAUACAAGUGUUUCUUUUUUUAUAACCAGCAGGGUUUUGAAAGUUGUUUUAAUGGUCAGUACUGUACAUGAACAUGGAUUUGUACAAUCACGGCACCCUGGGUGUAGCUUCUGACGAACGCUGUCAGCCUUGGAAAUGUAAGGGCGCUUAGAGGGCUGGGAUCCUUUGCUAACCACAGAAGCAAAAUAUGGCCUUUUUGCGCUUUGAAACACUGCAAGCUCUCCCCAGUACAACAGAACAGUAGUAAAGACAACACAGCACAAGGGAAAUCAAAACACUGCUGAUUAGAGCGCUGUGGAAAUAUAGCACUGGUUCACUGGUGGCAUGUUGUAAAAAAGAUUUGAAGUGCACUUUCUUAUUAAUGGAAGCAAGGCAGGAAAUGAGCAGAGGUGCGGGAUUGUGAGCGGCUGUGUGGGGAGAAUGUCAUUGAUACGGUGGAAAAAUCUGCACUGAGAUUUCCAAAAAGUGCCUGAACACUAAAAGCAUUUUUGUUCUACUGGUGGAGCAAAGGUGGUGUUAGUAAAGGCUCUUUUUUGGGAAAACUCUGAAAAAGGAUUUGUCAUUUUCAGCAUUUUUUUUUUUGUUAUGAGCUGCAAUUAUUAACAUGAGUUUAACAAGCAACAAAGGAUUAUUGUCCCUAAUGAGGUGCAUAGAUGUGCGGACACUUGCAGAGAAGAAAAUUAAUCUGCUUCUUUUUUCCACAUUUUCCCUGUUUUGGCAAGUGAGGCCACAAGGGGGCAGUUUCCCUCAGCGUCGUGUGUGGGACAGAGGAACGAGGGAGGGCGAGACAGACAGAGCGAAAGGGGGGAAAAAAGCUGCAUAGAUCACUUUACCUCCACAAUUCCCCUGGAGUCCAUUACCCAGACGACAUUACUCAUGCUCAAACAGCAUUGUUUAGAGUAUUAUUGCUCAUCGAGCUACUUAAUGAUGUGGAAUCAUUUAAAACUAACAGUGUUUUCUGUGUUUGGUGGCUAAAUGAUAUGGAUUUUCACCACUGUGGUCUAUCAUGGGUGUGGGGGGGGCUCUGUUCGUUCUGUGUGUGUGUGUGCAUGUGUGUGUGUGUGGAGCAUGCGUGAUGAAUUGAUGAGUUCUGAGAAAGCACACACAUAAUGCUAAUUACACUCCCACUUAUUUCAACCUCGUCCCAGCGUUCAUUAGGCUUUUUGAUAAAUUAGGAAAUUACAACAAUAAGAUGACACCCCGCCCAUGAUCCUCACAAUGCACGGUUGUGACUGAGCAGCUCAUCUGGCGCCUCAUCAUUUACCCCUUUGUGUACACUUAUGAGACUGUCGACUUCAUUUAUUGGUCGCUCACCUGAACAAUACACGUGCCCCCGCCGCAUUAGCUACUGCGGCGGUGAUUCUCACCCGACCUCCCCUCGCUUUCUGUCUCACCGUCCCCCCUGUCUGUCUCUGCAGCUCUGAUCCCUGCAUGGGCUCAAUUAAAACAGUUUUCCUGCCCUUCAGCUCCGGGGGCUGCGGUGGCAGCUCUUUGCAUGUGAGGUGCCAGUGAGAGGUCUUCAUUAUACACUUCUUAAGAAGACUUUAUUUGAUUUGACAAGAUUUUAUUUUGAGGGGCCAAGCUUAAAGAAUUCCCACCGCUGACCCCUCGCGCCCCCCCUCUCUCCUCAUAAUCCUCGACCAAAAAAGGGAGAAAAAUAUGUAGACCUUAUUUUCACUUGGCUGCGUGGAGCUCACGCUGGGAGAGGGAGAGUGUUAACUCUUUGUGAGGCGCACAGAUUCAGCUGCGCCGGCGCUCGCGGCAGAGAAUCACCACAGGCUGGGCUGAGCGUUUCACGUGACGUGAUUUUAAAGGGCUUGCACUCGAAUUAUUCCAGAGGGUUCAGAUUAUCUCUGAUAGGGUUCACCUCUGCAGCUGGAAUAUCUCAAUGUAGCUGCACUUGCUGAAAUUCAUGCAAUAGCUCAGAUCACAGUGGGCGACUGCAGUGUUGUGGGAACUGACAAACACAAUGACUGAAUGAAAUCUGUCUAAACAUGUCGUUCAGCGUCAUAUCACGUCUUAAAAUCAUGUUUUUACCUACUGAUACUUUUUGUUGGAGUUUUAUUUGACUUUAAUUCAGAGUAUCGCGACAACCAAGAAAACAUUUGAUAAUAAUAAUUGGACAUUUUGCGAGAUGCGCUUUUCCACUUUCUCACCAAGAGCUCGAUGAGAAGUUUGACUCCACUGUCAUGUUUGUGAGGCAAAUAUUAAGCAUUGAAACCACAAUGUGUCACUUUUACAUGAAUUUAACAAACAAGGUGUUAAUUAGUGAGCUUUAGAGGAGCUUUAUGCUAAUUUUGUGACGUUAAGACGGUGCUAGGCUUGCUGUUUCCCCCUGCCUCCUGUCUUUAUGCUAAGCUAGGCUAACCUUAGCCUAACUGUAGCUUAAUAUUUACAGUACGAGCAUGAGAGGGGCAUCAAUCAUCGAUCUGUCGGUCUUGUCAGAAAUGAAAUAAGCGUAUUUCACAAAAUGUCUAUAACUAAAUAAAUAACUAUUCUUUUAAGUGAAAACUGCUGGGGAAAUAAGUUGAUUUGCAUUGCAACAAAAUGAACGAAUGAAGGCUCUCGCUCUGCAGGUGAGGCGCAUUUAUUUCAAGCAAAAUAAGAUUUUAAGACUUCCAUACAUGACUGGUUUAGAUGGAUGCUUUCAUGUUGGUUUUAUCAAUAAACCCUAUAUAAAAUAUAUAUCUUCUGUGGUUAUCAAAGCACCUCCACUUUUUAUUUAAACUUUUUCUACUAAUAUCCACAGCGGACCAUCAACACUUGAACAUUUGCAUCAGAUCCUGUUUUGAUUUUUCUUUAUAUAUCGUCGUCGACCCCAUUUGAAGUCACGCGCAGGUCAAACGGGCAGGGUCAAAUUAUUGCAACACAUAGUAUUAUCUCCUCUGUCUGUGAAUGUGUAACGGAGACAGAUAUUUGCCUUACCUUUUAUGCAGGAUUGAAUGAUUAACUGGAGAGACAGAGAGAGUUAAGUGGGAGGAAGAAAAGGAGAGAAGAGGCGACGAGACAUUAAAAAAAUAAAAGACGGCAACAAGAACGCUGAGCAGAAAGCACAUUUCUCCCAACAGAUUGCAGCCGCGGCGACAACAAUAACAGUAUUAACAGGAAGAACAACACGGAGCGUGACACGCAGUAGCUAACGAGAGACUGUUCAUCCAUGGUGCCAGACCUUAAGCGUUGCAUGGCUAAUGAUCCAACCAGACGGGGGGAGGAAGUGGAAUGGUGGUUGCUUUGCAGUGUUCAUUACUCUUAAUUUUCUACUUGCUUGAUAAAAGAACGCGGCUGCGGCGCCGUGACCAAUGGAAUUACACGAAACAUAUUAAAGACUGCUAGCGUCAGAUUAUUACUGUUUCAGGCUGCGGAGAGGUAAUAUCCCUUAAAGCUCGUUGAAUCACGGUGAAAUAAUUAUGCUUAAUCUCUGAGAGGUCGAUUCAGACAAAACGCAAGUGGUUGAAACGAAAUAUAUUUAAAGUCAUCUUUUCUUCCUGUAAGCUAAACUGCAAAUAUCUAUUAGCCAGUGACAUUCAUUCAAGGAUUUUUGCAUGUACUGUAUUUAGCUUCAUAGCCCUUCAUUUUUGUCAUGCUGGGUUUCGGACUUUCAAGUAUUUUUUCAGCGGCGGUUGAGGUUCAGUUUGAAAUCCACAGUGCAUGUAAAACGGCGAUGUCGGGAUACUUUGCCAUCCGAGCUUCUCGUUGGAGACGCUGCAGUGUUGCGUUAGCCACCCACACCAAGUUUUCUUAGGAACCAAAGUUAAAUUUCUGUUCUCAUGAUGAAAUAUUGAUGUUGUUCCAUGUAUGUGCCUUGAGGUUGAACUUACAAUGUAAAGUCCUUGAAACCUUUAAAUGUUUUUGCACAAACUGUAAAUACUUAAGUGAAGCUUUUUGAAAAUAAAAGAGCCAUUGGA